UUUUUUCAAAAUUUCAGAAUUCCGCAUUCCCCGCUGUCCAACCUCAACAAUGGCGAAAUCCGCAACCGCAGCGACGACGUCCCUCUUCCAAUCCCUGAAGCGGUUCUUCAAGAAGCCAUGGGAGAUCACCGGCCCCUGCGCCGACCCCGAGUACCGCUCCGCCCUCCCCGGCGCCCUCGAGUACCGCCUUUCCUGCCCGGCCACCACCAAGCUCAAGCCCUCCGUCCCGACCUCCAACCCCGAGACCGUCUACGACAUCAAGUACUACACCAGAGACCAGCGCCGCAACCGCCCCCCGAUCCGCCGCACCGUCCUCAAGAAGGCCGACGUCGAGCGGAUGAAGAAGGAGACCACCUUCGACAUCGCCGAUUUCCCUAGGGUUUACUUGACUGCCGCCGUCGAAGAAGACUACAACGCUCGCGGUGGAGGCUAUCAGAAAUGAUGAGCAUAUAUUUCGGCUUCUUGAACGGUGAAAAAGCAUUUGCAUAUAUUCUCUCUCUGUUUUACUUCAGCAGUGAGAAGGCUUCAUUCACAAUAGCCUCCAUGUAUUUUUUUUUUUUUUCUUUAACUAGAUUGUCUGUUGACAGAGGCUAUUUUGUUUGACAUGAAUAAACAAUGGUUUUCUGAACCUUUUGGCCAACGUUUGCUUAACUUUGUUCAUGAAUGUAUUUGUAUUCAUUUCAGAUACACUGGCAAUCAGGUAAUGGAUGCUUUAUCUGAUUUCUUAAAUUCCAGAAACCCUUACCCGCU